AUGGACGGGACAUACGGGAAUAUCUACCCGACAAACAAUAACCCACUAAACCCCCGCGCUCCGGAUUCGAACAACAAAUACCAAAUCAACGUCAACCGCUCAAAGACGAGAAAAUGGGCCAACUUCAAGCCACAGAACUACGACGGCGAUGAUUGGGGAAGCGAGGAAUAUGACGAUGUUGACUCGGAACGUCCACCAGCCCCUCCACAGCCCGCCAGGCAGUACCAGCCAUAUACACCAGCAUUGCAUCUACAAACUCAGCAAACGCCAGCUGCUCCCUCGGGCCGUAUCGCUCAGAUGGUAGCGGCCUCUUCCACGCCGACGACACCGAAUGCCCUGGAACGAUCAGGCACCUUUGGACAGCCUCAAUCCGAUGCGCCACGGACUAGUUCACCCGUCGUUGGAGGUAAACAGGUUCUUCCGUCUAUGAUGCGUGUAGCUACGAUGCCCCAGAAUGUUGGCCCGCCGGCCUCUACGCAAUUCCCCCCUCGCAAGAGCAGUAUGGGUCCUCGCGACAUCCCAAACAUGACUGACCCGACCCGCCAACCCAGGUCUACCACUUGGGCCGUCCCAACGCAAAGACCGUGGUCAGACGCUCGAUCAGCUUCCCCCAACUUCAGCUCUCCGAUAUCGUCCAACAAACCGCUGCCCCUCCCCCGACCUACUGAUGUAUAUCGACGGAUGGGAGACGACAAUAGCGCGGAGCUGCAAUCUUCGAGACGAGGAAAACAGGGAGAGCCGGAUAACGUGGCUCCCACUGCGGGCCUAAACCCGGGACUCGGUCGCCAGGAGCGUCGAGGUAGUGCUGCGGGGAAUGAAGGUGGUGAUAAUUCGUGGGGCCGGAGGCCGAGUCUAGCUCCAGUGAUGGAGCAAAAUAGCGAGCACGGGGCCGAAGGACCGCUCGCCGGACCUACGUCGAGUGACUUUGGUGUCAAACCUGCCGCUUUUGGGGAAGAGGAGGACAAGCUACGGCGGUUCUCAACAAGUCCCACACUGCCAAAUCUUACGCGCUUGUCAGGGUUCGGAGAAGAUCUAUUUUCUGCUCGGUUUUCAGUUUUGGCGCCUCAACUGGCUUCCAUCCCAGACAUAUCGAACCCUUCCAGUCCAGCAAAGUCUCUUGAACCAGAAGGGAUCUCCGGAGAUGAACGUACCGAAAAGGGUGGUAACUCAGAAAACGGUAUCGUUACACCAGCAAAUCCCAUUGUGGCGCCUAUCUCGCUGCCAGUCGCCGAACCUAUGUCUGCCGCACAAGCGCCAUCACCUUCGAUGGGGGGUGCCGCGGUGUCUGACGCAACACCGCAGUUGGCACAGAAAGCAAUUCGCUCUGGAUCACCGCCUAACGAGUCUGUUGGGCUGCGGUACAGCCACGACGAUGCUAAUCAAUCCCAUGCAGUUGUCAACGCUCCUCAACAACUGCCAUCUACAAUGAAAACUCCACAGGAAAAAAAUAUAUCUGAAAUGGACAAACAACCUGUCCGCCCGCGCCUGCCAGGUGGCUGGGUAACCGAAACAUUAUCCACGCCGAGCGAAACCCCCCCGCUGGCUCGUAACGAUACUUUUUCGAGCAUGACGAGCAACUUCCCCCAGCCUCCAAGUGCGUCACUCGUCGCCAGAUCCCAUGCUGAUGCUGAACGUGCGUCAACUGGCGAUCAAUCUCAGCAGCACGACUCAAGCGGAACGAGUGAAGCAGUUAUCGAAUCCUUUCAUUCGACAUCUGACGGGGAAGCUGCUCAGACAACACCCCCCUCAGUUAAAGACAUCCACGCAAGUCUUGCACCGACAAUGGAACCUUCAAAACACCGGGACAUCACUCCGACUGCACCAUUGAACUUUAAUCGUGGUUUGCUAGGGAUUAACUCUGCCGAGCCAUUGCACGUGCUACCUUCGCCAAAUAUGGGUGGUGGCUCGACCUUGACUACGCCCGGCGACUCCCCAGUCAAGGAAAGUGAUCUGCUUAGGGAUGAGAUAACCAAAUUUUUAGGUGACCCCGAGAUAUCUGGCAGCUUUCUGGAUAUCAGUCGGUCAUCGACAACACCAAACCAUCCAGUUGCAGAUGCUACCCGAGAGAGCAGCUAUUUCGGAGAUGUCUACGAUGACUAUUUUGCUGCGAGCGAGGACAACCAAAGUCAAACCAAACCGGGGGCUACCACGCAACCGUCUGCAACAGAAAAACCUACACUCGUGGCGGCUGGCACGUCAAAGGGUGGUGUUGUAGCGCCUCUCUCUGUCGCUACCUCUACAAGUUCUGGAUCUGGUGCCGCUGCUUCGGUCUCCAGGCAAGAUGCAACUAAGGAAUCGGUUGGGGCCAUUGAGUUGCGGCGUCGUUUUUCCUGGGAAAGACCCUCCGAGCAGGAUUCCUCAAACGCUCCUGAAGUGGAUACUACCUACCAGGUAGAGCAAAAGUCCCGGAGCUCUGGCCCUGAUGGUGUUUCCUUCACUCCGACAACGCCGGCUGCGGAAAAGAUUGGGGAGACAAUGGCGCUCACGCGGUCGAAUACCAACGAACUCCUUUCUAUUUCAACGGAAACUGCAAGUAAGCCGGGGACGCCCAAUGCCGUAACAGAAGGCAAUAUGCUUCCAUCACGGUCAAUGGUGGACCUGGCUUCUCCCAUGUCUGCUGGCUCAGAUGAGGAUUCUGAAUCCCGCCGUCGAGCCUUGUCCAUGGGUCAAGAUAAGAUUCUUGCUCAACCUUCAGAGCACCAUUCGGCCUUUGAGGACAAUACUUCCAGCCGCUCCGGCUCAUUGGAGCCCAAAAGCCCGGUCAAUAUCUUAUCGUUUCGGCAAAUUAUGGAUAUGCCUUCAUCAUCGGAUCGACUCAAACACUAUAACGAAACUCGACUGCAGUUUGCCGUUAUUGAUACGGGAUUGGAUGAGUGGCUCAUGGCUAUGAGAUCCAAAUAUCCCGAACACUCGAACGCUACGUCCUCGUUCAAAGACUCAUUGGCAAUCCCUGUUACGUCAAUGGAUGUGCAGCAAAGCGGAGAUGCUGUGGCACUCAGUCCGGGUUAUUCUCAGCAAGGCGGACGGCCAGGAACUAAUAUGCCAAUGCCGCCAUCCUUGCCUUAUGGGCACUCGGGUUUUGCACAUUCAAGCCAGCAGGUUGGGACUAAAGGCAAAGAACUCCUUUUCGCAGCUGGUAAGGCUGGAAAGGGUCUGCUCAGCAAAGGAAAGAGCAAGUUGAGGGGAACUAGCGAUAAGGUAUUUUUCUAGGUGUCCGUCUCAUCAUCGUCGGCACGUGGCUCUGCUUCGAUUUGGUCUGGAUAUGGCUUUUAGCAUCACCGGGACUGUUCACCGAUUGAAUGAACUCUUUUGGG